AUGAGUUAUCGUAAGCUGCAAGAGGAGCCAUAUCGCAAUCCGGUACUUGCCUCAAACGUGGAUUAUUCUCGGCGGAAAGAGAUUGCCGUCAAUAUGGAGGAUGAAGAGAUUUGUCGAGUGAUGCGAUGGCAAAAAGCUAGCUCAUUUCACAGUAAACGAGAUCGAGCGAUUCUUUCAAAGCGCAAAUCUACAGAUGGAAGAUUUCAGCAGUCAUCGUCAACAAAAAUUGACAGAUUAAAAGAGAUUCACCAAAAACAGUGCGCCGCCAUUCGCAAAGAGUCGAAAAAACAGCGCAAUGCGUUUAUUGACGACGAGGCAGAAGAUUCUGACGGAGGAUCGUCGUCAGAUUUGAGUCUACACGAUAGCGAUUUAGAAUUCAUCAACGAUAAUGAAUCUGAUUCGUCGGUUGAAGUCGAGGCCACACCACCACCACUACCACGCCAAUUGCCUGUUUUUGACGCUGCAAGUAGCAGUAGCAGCGAUGAAUUUACAAGUUCUUUUGAGCCGGUUCGUAAUUUGGCUGGACUGGUUCCAAACGUGUUUGAUGAGAAUACGCGAGUUCGAGUGCUCAAAGAUUCAGAAGUCAAGAAAUUGCCAGUUUGCCCGACUCGAGGAUGCUUGUACACAUCGUCUCGAAAAGAGUACUUUGACAAGCAUGUUAAAACGUGCAGCGGCGAAACAAAGACUUGGAUACGCCAGAGUGUUCAAGGUUCACACGUUUUUGAUUUCAAAAAAGAACUUGUUUCCGAAGGCUACUUGCCAAGUGAAGAUUUUUGCGUCGACUUUUAUGUGGUUUUUGAUAUUGAAUGUUUGAUGAGUGUGGGGCCCUUUACCAAUUGUACAUUGAAUGAGAAUGUGAGCAAAUUUCACAAUGUGAGCACAAUUGCCUGUUUGACCUCUGAUUGUCGUCAAAUGGGCUUCACUCGACGCGACAUGAACUACGAAUCAAGCCUUGUCAUGAUCACCGAGUUUGUCAAUUAUCUGCUCUCUCUAAAGGCGGAAUUGCGCCGCGAUCACGUGCCAGAAUGUGUUCUCACUGGAAUUGACUUUUAUUCGGCGCGGAUAAAGAGCCGUCUUUCGAUGCGCAUCAAUGAUGGAACCACUCUUGCAAGUUAUGGCGAAAUGGGCGAAUUUCGAAAAAAGCUUCAAUAUUUGCAGAGUUUUAUGAAAUUGAUGGUUUACAGUUGGUGUGGAGAGACCUAUGAUCUUACGGUCAUUUAUCCAAUGUUGAUGGCGGUUUUUUAUGAAUUUUGCGGUCAGAAUACGUCGAAAAUCAAUGUCAUCAAACGAGGCGGCGGCUACAUGCUGACAGAAUGCAUGGGGCUGAGUUUCCGCGAUUUUAGAAAUUAUACGGCUCCGAUGAGCUUGGAAAAGCUGGCAAGAUCGUGCGGUCUUGAUCCAUCACGCUACAGUAAAGGAAGCUAUCCGUACGAGUGGUAUACGUCUAUUGAUCAACUUUCAAGAGCUACAGAAUUUCCUGCCUACAUUUGUUUCUACUCGUCAAUGUAUGCAAAAAGUCGCACCCCUGCCGAGCAAAUGAAUAAAAUAAUCUGCGAAAGAGUGGCCAGCAACGACUGGGCACGCAAUGAAGACGUAUUGCUUGAUAUUUUUGGCUUUUUGAGACUUGACUCGCUUGAAAACGAUCCCGCUUUGAGGGAAUUCUUUCAGGAGGAAAAUUCAAUGCUUGUUAGCGAUCUGGGCGUCAACAAUGCUACUGAGCUGUGCGCGCAUUAUUUCGAGCAGCUCGAAAAGAUUUUCGCCUAUUCUGAAGAGGCAAAUUGCUAUCAAUGUGAUCCCGAUUGUGAAGAAGCGCAAGAGUUUUUUCGCUUUUCGAUUGUCGAUUACGAGGCAAGUUUGACACUUUGGCGAGAAAUUGAAGCGUCAAAUGAGCACCAUCGCAUGACAAUGCUCAUGUUUCUGAUGAAUUAUAAUUUCAAUGACGUGCGAUUGCUUCGAGCGGCGAUUGAAGCCUACUCUAGAAUGUUUGUUCAGUCGUUCAACGUCAGCAUUCAUACAGAUUUGAGCAUUGCCAAAAUCGCUCAAAACAUAGCCAUGUCAAUGUAUCAGCCCAAAGUGCCACCAAUUAUCUCCAUUCCACCUCAAAUGGAUUUUGUGUACAGAGAUUGUCGCAAUAAAUUGAGUGGUGGCAUUGUCCAAGUCUUUCAUCGAGCGGUGUACCUCAAUGGGCCCGAUGAAGACGUUCCAGUGGCUGCUUAUACAGUGCCAAAUGGGUGUACUGUUUUGGCUCUGAUUUUGUACGAUUAUACGUCGCUUUAUCCUUUUGCAGUGAAGCAAUUUUUGCCAUGUGGCCCUGGCAUUUGCUACUAUCCAAGCGAUCGACUGAUGGAGCUCAAACGGCAGCUAGAAGCAAAAACAAAAAACGUUGAAACGCUUGAAGCCGGAUCAAAGAGAACAAGUUCUCUGAUUGAAGAUGUUUCAGGCAGUGAUAAUUCUGACGACGACUACGAUGAUAUUAGCCACUGUAGGAAAUCUGUCGACGAUUCAGAAUUUCGACAGCGGUUUUCAUUCAACGAUUUUCGCGAAGUGAGCGGCAACCUCAGUCGAAGAUAUUACUCGUAUGGAAUGUUUGCUCAGCGUGAAAAUACAAACCUUGAUUCUAUUCGCUACUUGGAGUACUUGAAUUGGGAUCCCCAAAGAGAGUACUCUGGUCGCAUCCAACACGCCUACAAUUAUCAAGAAAAAAAGAUUGGAAGAUUCAGUGUUGAUGGAUACUUUGAGAGUGACACGUGCAUCCCUGGCACAAAUAUUCCAGUUUGCACGAUUAUUGAAUUCAAUGGAUGUACGAUUCAUUGGUGUCCUUGGUGUAAGACGAAUCCGUGGCGAGGCCGUCGCAUCAAAGAAUACUGUCCAGUGGAGAAAAAACGCAUUCUCAAAGUGUUGACGCUAGACGAGCUACUGGCGCGUGAUAAUGCGAGAAUGCAUGAAAUUGUCGAGACAAUUCGCGCACGAGACAAGAUUGUCGAUCCGGGUCAGGACACGAGUUGA